AUGGUCACCUUCGCCUUACCCGGCGAUGGCGAUGCCGCGCCGGCCGCAAACGGCACACCACGAGCUCGCCCGCCGCUGCCCUUUGCGAAGCGCGCCUAUGGCGCUUCGCCCUUUGCUAAGGCGGCGGCGCCGUCGAAGCACCUCGGCACUCCCCAGUCUGCGCCAUCGCGCAGAUUCUUCAACGACAUGCCCUCCGCGUCACUCCACAAGAGCUCCAUCUCGACGGCGCGGAAUAUCUUCCAGGCAUCGGCAGUCGCGACCAGCCCGCCCUCGACCGCGUUCUUGCCGAACCUGCCACAGAGUACCAUGAAGAGGGUCUUUGCCCCCGGCGCCACCCCCGAGCCAUCGCGAGUCUACAGAGAAUCAACAGCUAGUGCCGCGCCGCGCGGCAUGGCAGCCAAGUCAACAGACAAGGACCUUUUCCCCAUGCGCAUCUCGUCGCCGCCGCGCGAGCUUACCGGCGAAGUCCUCGCUCGAAAGGUCCCCAAGGAAUGGAACUCCAAGGGAUCCAUCUAUGCCGAUCAGUUCCUUGCCCAUCUCUGCCCCCCCGAUCUUGAUGAGGAGCAGCGCAGGCAGUUCUUCUGCAUUCUUGAUCUCCGCCGCUUGAAAUAUGCCGCGAACGAGAUUUUCGCGCGCAAAGAUUGGAAGCUUAACGUCAUCAACUUUGCCAAAGAAUUCGAGAAGAGCAGAAGCAUCAUUCUGCUGCGCUACGGCCUCUACGAAUUCCAAAACGUCAAGCCCUCCAAAGAAGUCCUGAAGAGAUGGCGUCGCGAGCAUGGCCUUCCUGAGCCAGAAGAGGAUGAAGCGGAAGCACCAAUUGCGACUCCUUCCAAGGCCGCUCCGUCGAAGAAGCGCAAGGCAGAUGACGACUUGAGCAAGGACACAGCCGAUAGCGAUGCCAAGAGCUUUGGCAAGCGUCAAACUACCGACAAGGUUGGCCAGGAAGCUCCAGCCCCCAUCGCGACGCCUCAGCCCGCUGGUAAGAACAAGCGCAAGGCCUCUGCUGGCGAAGAAGACCAACCCCUCAAGCGAUCGACACCCUCUGCGACCAAGACCCUUUUCGAGAAGAUUGCCAACAAGUCCACGGAAACUUCCACUACUCCCCGGCCGAACAUGUUCGCGCCCAAGUCUGCCACUGGCAGUUCGGCUGGUGGUCUGGCUCGUUCAGUGUUCACCAACAUCAAGGCUGGCGCUGGACAAGCCCCCGCUGGUACGGCCCCAGUGGGAGGAAGCAACAUCUUUGGUUAUUUGUCCGACGCUAGCUCGGCCAAGAACAGCGGAGUCGAUGGUAGCGAAACUGAUUCUGAUUCUGAUGAAAGCCCUGCUGCGGAACAGAGCGAAGACCAGAGCGGUGAUGCUAGUGCAGUGGAAGAAGCAGCUCCGUCUACCGUUGCUGGCGACUCCACCCGCGAAAGUACACCAGCCCGCAGUUUGUUCGAGCGUGUAACCAAGGGCAGCGAUGGUGAGCCUGUUCGUGCUCCCGAGGCUACCCAGUCUCCGCCUGAGACUUCGGCGCCUGCUGAUAAGACCUGGAACCCCACCACUACACCUCUCAAGUUUGCUCCGUCUGGCGCGCAGGCCAACAACCCCUUUGGCGCUUCACAGCCCUCCGGAGGCUUUAAUCCCUUUGCCAGUCAUCCUUUUGGCGCCAAGUCAACCGCCACUGAGAAGCCUGCCCAUACUGCUGCUGACCCUGGCAAAGAUGGAGACGAGUCUGACAAGGAGAACGACUCUCAACCUGCCAAGAAGCGGGCAUUUGACUUCAAGAUUUCCAACCCUACCACGUCGACGGGACUGUUCGCAACCAAGCCUGCUGCUUCGCCUGCAGUUGCAGCUACGGAGCCGGCUAAGCCUGCUAUGAAUCUUUUUGGUGCUGGUGCUGCUAAGCCUGCGACCUCGACCUUGUUUGGUGGCGCGGCGAAAGACAAGGAGUCUGCUCCUGUGUUGCAGUCAUCCACACUCUUUGGAGCUAAACCCUCUGAGCCUGCAAAGGCUGCCUCCACUGAGGCUCCGUCAACUAUUACUGCCGCACCUCUCUUCGGCGCCCAGACCACGACUGCGGCUUCAACCCUCUUUGGCGGCGCUUCUACUGCUCCCUCCAAGCCGCUGUUUGGUGCCCCUGCCCCGAAGACUGACGCUCCUGCUGCAACUGCUGCUGCCACGGCGCCGCCGGCCUUUAGCUUUGGCGGCGCUUCUACUGCUCCCUCCAAGCCGCUGUUUGGUGCCCCUGCCCCGAAGACUGACGCUCCUGCUGCAACUGCUGCUGCCACGGCGCCGCCGGCCUUUAGCUUUGGCGGCGCUUCUACUGCUCCCUCCAAGCCGCUGUUUGGUGCCCCUGCCCCGAACACUGACGCUCCUGCUACAACUGCUGCUGCUGCGGCGCCGCCAACCUUUAGCUUCGGUGGCAACUCGAACUCGACUACUUUACAGACCGCUCCUGCAAAGCCUCUGUUCGCACCUAAGUCGCCCGAGGCCGCCAAGACCAACGCCGGGGCGUUAUUUGGAAGCCCGAUGAAGCAAGAUGAGCAGUCCCCCGCCAAGAAGGGGUUCACUGCUGGAACCUCGUCUGCGCCCAGCUCUUUCACCUUUGGUGCAUCCAGCGCGCCCUCUGUGAACCUGUUUGGUGGCGCUGUGGGCGGCAAUACUACGACUAACGGCAACACGUCUGUUUCGUUCGGAGCUGCUCCCGCCACUAAUACUGGCUCGAGCAGCUUUGGGUUUAGCUUUGCUGCUGGCGGCACUGGUACCACUGAGAGCACCAGUGCAGGUUCAAGUUUCAACAACCCCUUCGCCAGCAACAGCAAGCCUGCCGAUCCACCAGCUGGCGGCAUGUUCAACUUUGGUGGUAAUGCGGGUGCCGUGGCAUCGGGUCCGUCUGCAAGUUUUCAGUUUGGCGGGACGGGAGGCGCGUCUGCUCCUGAUGGGGGAGGAUCCACGUUCGGAGGCAGCAAACCGGCUUCUGGCAGCUCCACGCCCCUCUUUGGCGGCGCGUCUGCGGGUGGUGCUCCGGCCUUUAACUUCACAGCUGCCUCUCCCGCUCAGCCGCAGGGUGGCAACAUGUUUGGCUCGAGCCAGGCCGCACCAUCGUUUGGCGCCAGUCUGCAGCCUCCGAUCGGUGGAUCCUCUACCACCGGGACCAACUCGCCGUUAAACCUGGGAGGAGGUUCGAGUCUGGCGACGACGCCAGCCGCGGGCACUCCGGAGCCCAGUGCUCAGGUCGAAGCGAAUAAGGACGGAAACGAAGACGAUGAGGGCGAGAAACACGAACAGAUCAACCUUACAGAAGGGGCCGAAUCGGAAGAGAAGACUGUGUAUGAAGUACGGGCAAAGGCACUGGGCCAUUUGUCACCUGAGGAACAAUCGGGCGGCGAUGACAAGGCCAAGACAAAGAGCCCAUGGACAACAAAGGGAGUCGGAGCGCUGCGUGUGUUGAAGCACAAGGAGACGAAUGUAGUGCGGCUGCUGCUUAGGGCUGAGCCGAGAGGCAAUGUUGCCAUCAACAGGGCAUUGCUACCUAACGUCAGGUACAAGGCAGAUGGAAAGUACGUGCGUGUGGUGACUUCGAAUGAGACCGGCGAUGGACUGGAGACUUGGAUGUUCCAAGUCAAGACCAAGGAAUCGGCCACGGCGCUGGCGGAAGCCUUGGAGGAACACAAGAAAUGUAGAAGUCCACUGGUAAACUCGCUAUGGAGAGCAUGCAUGUACAUUGAGAUUCCCAUCGCGGGGCAAGCUAGGCGCGUCGCGUUUCCGCAACCCGCAACGUUGACCAGCGACCCCGACGACACCGAGGACGACCCGCUGCAGCAGCCGACAAAAUGCCACGUUGGGAGCCAGUUCUGGCAGCAGCUCUGCCAGGAACAUGGCAUCAGCCAAGACGGCAACCUCGAGGACUUUGCGACUGAGGGCGGCGACCGCAAGGACGUGUUUUACUACCAGAGCGACGACACGCGAUACAUUCCUCGGGCGAUUCUGAUUGACUUGGAGCCGAGGGUCAUCAACGGCAUCCAAACAGGCCCGUAUAGAAACAUUUACAACCCGGAAAACUUUUACAUUGGAAAGAAUGGCGUCGGCGCGGCGAAUAACUGGGGUGAUGGCUACCAGAGCGGCGAGCAAGUGUAUGAUGAGAUUCUGGAAAUGAUUGACCGCGAGGCCGACGGGAGCGAUUCGUUAGAGGGCUUCAUGAUGCUGCACUCCAUCGCCGGCGGCACCGGCUCUGGCCUCGGCUCGUUCCUGCUCGAGCGGCUCAACGACGCGUUCCCCAAGAAGAUCGUGCAGACGUACUCCGUCUUCCCCGACACGACCAACGCCGGCGACGUGGUGGUGCACCCGUACAACAGCAUCCUGUCGAUGCGGCGCCUCACGCAAAACGCCGACUCGGUCGUCGUCCUCGACAACGGCGCGCUCUCGCGCAUCGCCGCCGACCGUCUGCACGUCGAGAAGCCGUCCUUCCAGCAGACCAACCAGCUCGUGUCGACCGUCAUGUCGGCCAGCACGACGACGCUGCGCUACCCGGGUUACAUGCACAACGACCUGGUCAGCAUCCUGGCGUCGCUGAUCCCGACGCCGCGCUGCCACUUUUUGAUGACGGCGUACACGCCCUUCACCGGCGACCAGGUGGAGCAGGCCAAGACGGUGCGCAAGACGACGGUGCUGGACGUGAUGCGGCGCCUGCUGCAGCCCAAGAACCGCAUGGUGUCGACGGUGCCGGCCAAGAAGAGCUGCUACAUCUCAAUCUUGAAUGUGAUUCAGGGCGAGGUGGACCCGACGGACGUGCACAAGAGCUUGUUAAGAAUCAGGGAGCGCAAGUUGGCGACGUUUAUCCCCUGGGGACCGGCGAGCAUCCAGGUGGCGCUGACGAAGAGGAGCCCGUACAUUCCGAUGAGCCACCGGGUGAGCGGGCUGAUGCUGGCCAACCACACCAGUAUUGCUACGCUCUUUAGGCGCAUCGUCAAGCAGUACGACGGCAUGCGCAAGCGCAACGCCUUCAUGGAGGGUUACAAGAAGACGGCGCCCUUCUCGGAGAACCUGCACGAGUUUGACGAGGCGCGGCAGGUGGUGGGCGACCUCAUCGCCGAGUACGAGGCGGCCGAGGACCAGGACUACCUCAAGGGGGACACGGCGGAGCCGACGAGUGCGGACAAUGACCGGCGGAUGACCUAG